AUGGCAGAACUUACAGUCGGGUAUGUUUCUGGUCUUAUCGCCAUUGCGGUGUUCAUUGUCCGAUUGAUAAUUCCGCUGGCAAUCAGUCUCGUUCUCGCUGGUGUUUUGCGAGAUGAAAACACAGCCAUCACUUGGUCAGUGGCCGGCCGCGCUAUACAGAGCUCAUAUUGGCCUACCAUCUUGGGCGCAGAAUCUACAGCUACACGUCGAGUUCGAAAAGACAUUGUUUUUCUGACACAGCUGGUUACAUUGAUGUACAUCCUCAUCUCUGUUGCCAGUGUCGUCACACCCUUUGGUUUAUACGAAGAGCUAGUCCCUGGAGGCAGUGUCGACGUGGAGUUUGAAUAUGUCAAAGACACAUCGCCCAUGGGUUAUGGAACUCCGCAAAGAAGCCCUCUUGGCUUCAGUCGCAAAUGCGGCGCUUUUUCUCCUGUUGCAUGCCCUGGGUCUAACACAGUAGUCAUCACGUCCAAGAAGGGGUCUUCGAUCAUAUCCGAUCUGCCAUAUGGCUACAACACCAGCAUACCACAGUCCCUCGUGGACCUCUAUUCAAGUGGUACGAGCGGGAACGGCACCACAGUUUCAAACCUCUUCGAUAUCGAAUGGAGAAACUACCACUCCGAGCAGGAGAGGCAAAUCAACAACGGGUCCAGAUUUCUAGUGGGAUCGUUUCGACAUCUCCAAACCAUGUUGUUGAACGAUGCGGUGGAACCUGUGGAAGGUCUGUUGGUCGACACUAAGAACGGCGGCGUCGGCUUCAGACAUCAUACUCUUCCAAAGGAAGUCAAGCAUGGGGUGGAAUGGACAGAGGAUUUGUUGUUCAUUGAGCCUGAAACCGAGUGCGUCAAUACGAACCUGACCUUGGAUUUCACCAUUGGGUCUAUUUUAAAGAAUCCGGCCAGCAGAGAGCGCACGCCCAUUGAGAGUCUCGUCCUGACAGAUCGCGGCGGGUUUGUCAACUUGAACAAGACUCUUCCAUAUUACGACCGCAGCAACAUGCAACUCAAUCCAGACCUCAGGGGAAGAGCUUACAUGGCCGCUUGGGCAACAAAUGCCCUCACCAUGCAUUACUUCAAUGUCAGCAAUCCAAACCCAGACGCCUUUUCGUACAUGAACUCCGCGAUUGGCAAGUCUUUCCAGCUGAGCUCCCGAAAUGCGGACUACUUCUUCGACGCCCUCACCACGUCCACGCGGUGGGAUCGGUUCUUAAACUUUGGUUUGUUUACUAAUUCAUCGAGCUAUAAACCACCACCGAACCCAUUUCAAAUCAAUUCCGGCAACUUCAGCAUGGUGCCUACACUCUGCAGCGGUGCUGGCGGGAAGGAUCUCGGAAACAUUACGAACAUUGCAGUAGUUUGCGGACUGAUAUAUGGUGCGCCCAGACGACAGGACGGAAGUGAGCAAUUUACAUUUGACGAGGGGAGCAGUUGGACCAUUCCUCUUUAUAGCUGUGCUACCGCUGUUAAAGCUACAGUCAAGUCGGUUGACCUGCGGGCGAACGGCACUCUUGGUUUACGCAGCUUGAAUGUCGUCAAUCUUCGAAACAAGGUCUACAAGAGUGAGCAGGACAAACCACUUUGGGGGAUUGAAGAUGCUAACAUGACUCUUGCGGAUGCAAUGCCGCUUUGGGGUCUGAUAGCGCCGUCCUAUGAAGGACACCGAAAUGUGUCAACUGUACGCAAAGAAUCGCUUUAUCUGUCUUCGUUCGCUGGUAUAGCAGCAAGUGGUCUAGCUUCCAGCGUUCAAUACCUCCCUGGAGUCGAGUUUUAUGUGGAUGCGUUAAGAACCGCGUACAAUAUCGGCCCAAGCUCGAUUGCUCUUCUCGGCGGCACAAUCAUCGACUACUCGGGCCGUACGAACAUGGCCAUGUACGCCAAGUGGCAGCAACUUUCGCGAACAGAGAAUGCCACGAGCAAGAUCCUGAAUUUGAUAUGGACUGAUGUGUCCGCCAGUGCUGUAAUGGGCACCAAGGGAGUGCUAGGACCAAGAAAGUCGAGCGAAACAGGUCGUCCAGUCCGAGUUGCUGUAAAGCAGAUCGUUCGGCGGGUCAAGUGUCGUCUUGCAUUCGCAGUAGUUUCAUAUGUGGUUGCAGCGUUGUGCUUUCUCGUUACCGUUGCGGCGCUUGUAUUUUGGAUCAUGGGCGGCACCAACAUCGCCACGAUGAAGCGCCAGAUUCGCCAAACUUCGACGGGUCGGAUAUUGACAGCGUUUUUGUAUCCUCAGGGACCUGGUCUCAGGGCUAAGACUGGGGAUUGGGUGCCGGCUGUUGGUACGAAAUAUGUGAAUCUCUCGGAGACGCCUCCAACAGGACGAAAAGUCGACGAUGAGGGCCAAGAUGGGGGUUCUGAUGGAAGUCAUGGAGCUGGGAACGAGAAUAAUAAUGUUACCAAUGCUGUAUUUGUGAGUGCUACAGAUGACGGUAUGCAAAAGGCACAUCCCCGUUGA